AUGAGUGGAUUUGCUGGAAUUCACUUUUGUCCGGAAUGGUAAGUUGUUUUCCUUUCGGUUUUUGGUUUUUAGGCAUGAAGAUGAACGGCUCGAUGGUUUAAGCUAUUGUUAAUUAAUUUAGAUUGCUUUUAAUAGCUGGUAAUUACAGUUUUUGAUAGCAAGUGUUUAGAAAUAGUUUAUAUUUGGUUUGAGAAAAUGUAGAUGUCAAAAUUAUAGUUUUUGAGAGCUAAAUUAUAGUUUUCUAGCUUUGAAUAGGAUCGCUAUACGUUUUGUUUUGAUUAUAAAGUUAGAUACAGCUUGUGGGCACGUGACAAAAGUAUUUUGGUUUAGCUGAAGUUAUUAUUGACUAAAUUUGGAGUUUUUAAGUUUUACAUGAUUAGCUGUGGAUAAUUUUCUGGAUCUAGCUAACGAGUUGGUUUUGUUUUUUAGUGAAUUAAUAUUCUAAAGCAAGUUAAUAGUUUUGGGGUACUUUCAAAAGUAUUUGUGAGCUUUGGCUUUUCAUUGAGUUGGGAAUAGUUUUGUUAUACAUCAAGGAGGUGGAUAUAAUGUUUUUGAUACGUUUUUUGCUAAAUUAUGGCUGAAUUGUUCUUUUAUGUUACGUUAAAACUAUUUAAAAUAAAUUUAUUGUUUUUUAGUAACAACAUGUUGUACCCUCGUGAGGAUAAGGAAGAAAGGAAGUUGAUCUACGCCUGCCGUAACUGUGAUCAUCGUGAAGAUGCCGAUCAUCCUUGUAUCUACCGAAAUCGGCUUACACACGAAAUUGAGUACGUUUUCCGUGUUUUCUAUGUUAUUUACUUUUGUUACAAUGGUUUAUAUACUUAUUUCUAUCAAAUAUUGAUCCAACUUAUAUUGAUGUAUUUAGCUAUUAACUGAUAUUUCUCUUUUCAGUGAAUUGACACAAAUUGUGGCUGAUGUAGCUCAAGACCCGACUUUACCAAAGACAGAGGACCAUCCUUGUCCUCGUUGUAGUCACAAAGUGGCAGUAUUUUUCCAAGCUCAAAGCCGACGUGCUGAAGAAGAAAUGAGAUUGUACUACGUGUGUGGGGCUCCAGGCUGCGGUCAUAGAUGGACGGACUAG